AUGGACGCGUUUCUCGCGGCAGCCUUGGCGCCAAAGACAAGGCCCAAGCGCAAGUCGACACCGUCGAUUCAAGCUCGGAAUGACAGCAAUGAGAGCGACAACGAUGGCCGUGGAAGCGGCAGCCGUACGGGUUCUACGAAUGACGCGAAGCGACCGCGGCCACGGGGUUUCAGUCUAGCCACGGAGACCAAGGCUGAGACCAAAGCGAAGGUGACGACAGAGAUGACGACGAGGACGAGGACGACAACAGAGGAGGCCACUGGGAGAACCAAGGCAACGGCGUCACUAGACGGAACGCAGAAACCCACGAUGCUCUCGUUUCAGGACACGAUAUCGAGUCUGAACACAUCGUCGUCAGGCCCAACAAGGACGCGAUUGAUACUCGACAAGGCCAUCACGCUGCAGGACAAGGGCCGCCUCGAUGACGCGUAUAGCCUGCUGACGCGGGCCCUCAUUGCGUGCGUCUGCCAUGCGCAGCUCCGAAGCCAGUUUAAAGACGCUGGUGUGCCGCUGGACGCCAUCGACCCUGUCGGCCAGUGCUCUUGCCGGGACUUUGUCGCCAUGGCCCAAACGCGGCGGCCACAAACAAUGUCUCUGGGUUUUGGCGCUCCCACGCCCGCAGAAGGAGAAAAUAUGCCGUUCCCCAUCUCCGAACUGGACCUGGCGGCCGUGUACAACUUGGCUACAAGAAACCCGGUGUGCACAUGUGGUUCAGGGCGCCUGCACUGCACAGAGCCCGACCACUUGGCCGCGCUGGACCGCCUGGCCGCUGUGGCUAGCAAGUUGGGGCGCCACGAGGACGUCAGCCGCAUCGGGCAGUGGUACAUGGACCUGGCUCCCCAACACGCGGAAGGUUACCUGCAUGUGGCCAAGGCAGUGCUGGCGCUGACGGCUGCCAAAAAGAAGGAUGGACGCCUGAAAGACGAUGUGAGGCGAGAGCGAAAGCAGGCCCGCUUCACGGCGCGCUGCCUCUACACGCACGGCCUGCACAAUGUGCGCGCCUACGGCGACGCCGCCAGCGACCUGGCCCAGGUGCUCGCGCGCUGCUGCCGCCAGUACAGCCACGAUGACUAUCUCCCAGACCUGCCCGUCGAGACCGUCGAGGCCAUUUUCCGGCACCUGUCGCUGUCCGACAUCCUGGCAUGUCGCCGUGUUUCCAGGCGGUGGGCGCUUGUUCUGAAGCGUGUUCGUCUUCGGCCCGCCCAGGUUCGCUUCCAUGGAUGGUCUGAGGCUCCCGUGAAAGGUCUGCAGAGCCUCCUGCGGCAGAUGCCGGACCUCAGAACAGAUCACCUCAGCAUUAACUUUGCAUCUUCUCGAGAUCCAUUGCGGACGGCACGGUUUGUCACACUGGCCCUCAACCAUUUUAAAGAUACGGAGAGCCUAGAGCUGUGGACGUGGCCAUACGACGAGUUCGUUUCGACUUUUGAUUCGAUCGCGCCGACAGCACUUGUGACUGUCACAGACGAGAAAAUAGCUAUCGAGGCUCGCCUCGGCCCCGCGCCUCUCCCUCCCCUUCCUACCGUGUCCAGAUGCCGCAAAUUAACACUCCACACCGUCAAGUACAGCAAAGACCUGGCCGUGGCGAGAUGCCUUGUCCCAUGGGCCAGCCAGUCCCUAGAGAGCAUUGAGCUAAACGGCGUAUUCGUGGGUGGCCCAUUUGCUUUUAGAUUACCUCGUCUGCGACACGUCAAGUUGCUCACCAGUGAAUGGGGAGCCGACAAACUCGGCUUCGAAUUUACGACCAGUGUCUGUGAAGCGUCGGCGUGCCUCCAGCAGCUGUACCUGGACGACAUUACUUUUUACGUACACCGCAAUAUUCCAACCGCCGCCGAGGACAAGCUUCUUGGACGGCUUACGGAAGCCUUCCAGCAUUUACAUACCCUUGUUAUUGGACCUCGAUGCCAGCUUGACGGCUCGUCAUUGCUGUCAAUGGGCAUUGCCAGCUUUGUUAUUUUCCCUCCCCUGCCGCCAGGUCUGCGGUGCCUUGAUAUUAUAUCGGACAAAGAGUUUCUCGCUGAGCGCAUAAUGUUUGGUGACCGCUACGACCCAAACCUCACAACAAUUAUGACGGGCGGUGACGUCCGUCCGCUGCAGCACCUGGAGUCCUUCCGGUGUCUCAGUCCAGUCGUCAAUCCUGUGCAUAUGUUCCAGCUCAUUGAGCCUAGUCUUGGUGUCGCUGGCUGCCUCGCCCACCUCGAACUCAAUGUCCGCGAUAUUGAUUCUAAUUUUAUGCAAGAUCUUCCGCCUUGCCUGCGGAUCCCCUUCCCCGAGCGUAUUCGCACGAUCGGCCUUUACGACUUUAACUGCAGCUCGACGUCUGCUGGAUCGGAUGUCCUCAUUCGCGACCGCAUCUUCCUCGACUGGGUCCGCCAGUUCCGCAAUGUCGAGACCAUUUCCGUGUAUCCCGCCUGGCGGUACGCGGCCAGGGCCAAUGACGGGGGCGAGGGUGGGCGGUUUGUCGUGGCGCUUGUUGAGCAGGCGCUGCGAUAUGCCGCAGCCGACGCGCGGACAGCUGCUGAGGCCGAGGACAAAAACCAAAAAGACAUUGACAUGAGCCAGCACCUCAAGCUGCGCACCAUUUAUCAAGGGAUGUUGCACGGGACUUGGCAGCAGCGGGCCACGAAACUGAUAGCCGGCCAUCUCCUCCAUAUUCCACCUGGGCAUCUCGACUACCGGCCACCCGUCUUUCCAUGGCCGGACCGGACGGAAGAGGUUGCCGACAGGGACAACGAUUUAUGA